AUGGUCCGACUUUCCAUCUUCGCGGUUAUCUUCGCCGCUGUCACUGCUGUCGCUGCCGACGGAUACUGUCAAUGCCUCUUCGCGGACGGCUCCCACUGCUGCGUUACUCAAUACGGCAUCGUCAAGGACUGCACAGCACGAUGCAUCGACAACGGGAACUCGGACAAGAAAUGUAACGCUGGUGGCAAGUACUCGAACGUUGGUGUAAGCAGCGUUGCUGCUUCGUACUGCCAGUGCCUUUACACAGACGGCAGCCACUGCUGCGUUAUUGACAAUCUAGUCAAUGACUGUACGAGAAUGUGCAACAAGGCGUCCAAGGACUCUACGACUGCCAACCAGUGCAACGCCGGCGGGAAAUUCUCCAAUGUGAGCUCGUGGAAUGCCAAUUUCCGCAAGAAGUGUGGACAACCCUACAUCUACUAG